AUGAAGAUGAAGGGUCUUUCGCUAGGGCCUUUGGCCAUCGGUGGAUUCUCAAUCAUUGCUGCUGCCUCACCGACCUAUAUGAAGAACUUCAUGCAUGGAACCUUGCCAGUCGCCCUGAAAGGGAGUGUGCUCCAGACGAGCGGUCAGAACUCAACUGGAUCAUGCAGCUCCGGUACUGCAUCGACCGCCAAAGCACCGCUGCAAAACAUCUUUGCAGCGCUGACCGCCGAUGAAGCAGCCGCAGUGACCAAGUUCCUUCACCAGCAACCAGAGCUCAACCUCACUGCCAAUGCCAAUGCCACCAGCUGGGACAAUGUAAUCGUGCUUGUGGAGCUGUUGCAACCUAACAAAUCCGAUGCACUUCCUUAUCUCAAUGGUGACGGGGAGAUACCACGUCGAUACUCAUCAGCGACCAUCCAAUUCCAGGCCACCGAGGAGCCAUAUCUGCAAGAAUAUAUCAUAGGCCCCUUGCCAGUAUCCAAUGAGACAACCUUGGAGUCGCUUAACUACCCCUUCAACAAAGGGGUAGGAAAGCAGCGGAUCUUUAACGCCGAUGCGGAGGCAUAUCAACAAUUUCUGGCGAACGUCUCGGCGUCGGUGGAGGAUAUUCUAAUCGAGAUGUUUAAUGCGACUUACUCUAACUCACUGGAAGAUACCUUGUUCAUCGGCCCCAGCGAUCCCCUCUGGAUCGAUGAUGAUACUGGUGCCGUCACUACAUGGAAUGAGUACAACCCGGCGCCAACAGACAUCUUCAACACUGGCUCACUUCUACGAACUGGAUUGGCAGUCCGCACUGAUCUGACUGGCCGGAACCCUUCAAAGUGGUCGGUGUUGGGAUGGUACUAUAACGGAGAGUUUUAUAAAACCACUGAGGACUUUAGAUCCGCUUUUUACAAUGGCACUUUCGAGUUCUUCAAGCCAGGCGUCGACGGAGAUUGGGGAGCAACCUCUCCAAGCGGACCCGUUCUCCCCCAUGAUGACACUCCACCACCAGUGAGCGUCCAACCAGCCGAUCCCCGUUUCGGAGUGGACAAUGAAGAGACCUAUAUUGAAUGGAUGGGCUUUUCUUUCUUCCUCGGGUUUACUCGUGAUACCGGAAUGAGACUCUUCGAUAUCAAGUACAAUGGUGAACGUAUCGUCUAUGAACUGGGAAUGCAGGAAGCCAUGGCACACUAUGCAGGCAGUGGACCUGGCCAGUCAUCGCUUUCUUUCCUGGACUCCUACUACGGUUUUGGUCCCAACGCUUUCGAGUUGGUCAAUGGAUAUGACUGCCCUGCGUAUGCAACGUACCUGGACACAUCAUUCUACUGGCGAGAGGAAAGACACUCGCAUAAGAACAGCAUCUGCAUCUUUGAACAUGACGCCGGUUAUCCCAUAGCUCGCCAUUCCGCCAAUAACUAUGUCUAUACCACAAAGAAUAUCCAUCUCGUCGUCAGAUCUGUGUCAACGCUGGGGAAUUACGAUUAUUUAUUCGAGUAUGCUUUCUUCCAUGAUGGAUCUAUUCAUGUUACAGUCCGUGCCUCAGGCUACAUUGCCGCGGCAUUUUGGGCCAAAAAUGAAGACUAUGGCUUUCAUAUCCAUGACACAGUCUCGGGCUCAAUGCACGAUCAUGUGUUGAACUACAAGCUCGAUCUCGAUAUUCACGGCACCAAGAACAGUCUGAUGAAGCUCGAGGUGAUUCCGACCACAGAAAUCUACCCUUGGUCUGCUGGAGUACCCCGGAAUACUAUGAAAGUUAACAAGACUUUCAUCGAGAGUGAGGAUGAUUCAAAGAUUAACUGGGCUCCUAACAACGCCGCCACUUAUGCGAUCGUCAACAAAGACACACCCAACAAAUGGGGUGAGUAUCCCGGUUACAAAAUCGCUCCAGUAACCGCAUCAACGGCUCACCUGACAAUUGUGAACUCUACAAACCUGAAAAAUAGUAUCAAUUGGGCUUCCCACCACCUUUAUGCUGUCCAGCAGAAGGAUACAGAGCCGCGAAGUGUGUACGCCUUCAGCUCGUUGGAUACAGCUCAUCCUGUUGUCGACUUUGGCAAGUUUUUCGAUGGAGAGUCUCUUGUGCAGGAGGAUAUCGUCAUUUAUUUCAACUUGGGCAUGCAUCAUGUUCCAGAUACUCAAGAUCUUCCUAACACUGUCUUCUCGCACGCCCAAUCCACCGUGGCCAUUUCCCCACAGAACUAUUACCUGCAGAAUCCUGUUCGCCAGACCGUUCAACAGAUCGAGAUUGACUACGACCUCGACACGGUACUCAAUAUCAAGAAGUUCGGGGUUCAAGAUGCAGUUUGCUCAUAUGACAUGUCUAACACUAUUGCGAACUUGAGCAACUACGAAGGCGGCGAUCUCAUCAUGCGCAAGUGGCCCUACGAUCCAUCAAACCCAUUCUUUGGCAUGACUGAGGUUGAGACAAUUUGA